AUGCCACAUGAUGUUGACAGUCGAAUCGACAAAAAAAAGGUUGCCAUCAUGCAUAUCACUGAGGAUCACCUGCCAAAUGUCCUCAUAAUUUUACAACAUAACGACACACCAUGUGUGAAGUUUAUUGACUUAGCCAAUGCAAAUUAUCUUGGCUAUGAUGUUCCUAGCAAUGUUAUUGGCGUUGUUCCCCAUAUCUCUUCUGACAAUGCUGCUGACAACGUUCCCGACGAUGACUAUGACAAUUAUCGGAGGCUUGGUAAAAACUUUAUGGCUGAAUGUGUUCCACCUGAGGAGUUUACGUCUCACCUCUUCUUUGGUGGAAAGAGGCUUUAG